GCAGCAAAAUACCCGAGGCCGGUGCCGGGAGUUUGACGUGGCACUCCCGUUAGGCUCGCCUACAUUCUGAACAGUAGGUCUGCUCGGCGUCAUCUCUACCUUACAGGAUGAGCCAGCAGGGUUAUGUCGCUACACCUCCAUACUCGCAGGCCCAGGCGGGGAUGGGGGGAUACCCCACUACAUUCGGGGCUCCCCCUCCACAAUCCCAUUAUGGGCACUAUGGAGCUCCACCACAGUCGUUUCCUCCACAACCAACAGGUAUGCUCAAACCAGCUGCCUCCUCUCCUUCUGGGAUGCUUCCACCACCUGCGUCUAGCCAGUAUGGAUCUCCUGUUCAACAAAAUGGCGCACACCUACAGACGUUCCCUCCCCCUCCGGCAGCCUCUGCCAUGUCUCCCUAUGGACAGUCCCCUCAAAGACCAUACCACAGCAUGGCUCCAGUCACGCCUCCAACCCAACAAAUAACCAAUCAGAUGAGUGCUAUGAACAUUGAUGGAUAUGCCCAAAGCCCCAUGCAAACUCCUCAGUCUUUAGCGGCACCACAGCCUUUUCACAUGUCUCCACCACCAACAAUGGGACAUCCACCCAUGUCUCCUCCAGGCACUCAACCUCUCUCAAUGGCUACAUGUCCACCAAUGGCAGCUAAUCCACCCAUGAGUGCAACAGGGCCUCCGCCAAUGGGAUUGUCUAAUUCACGGCCUCACCCUCCUCCGUUGAGUGGAGCUGGAUUCCAACAGCCACCAGCACCUCAGGGAUUUCCUCCUCAGCAGCCAGGAUUAUAUGGAGGACAGAUGCCAGGGCCACCGAUGGCAGGGCCACAGCCAGGUGCGUUCCCAGGAGGCUUCCCUGGAGGACCUGCCAACAUGGCUGGACCUCCUCAGAAGAAACUUGAUCCAGACUCCAUACCUAGCACAAUACAAGUGAUUGAAAGUGACCAGGCUAAGAGAGGUGGUCAGGUCUAUACCACAAAUCUCAGGGGUCAAGUGCCGCCCCUAGUCACAACCAAUUUCACUGUUCAGGAUCAAGGAAAUGCUAGCCCAAGGUUCAUGCGAUGCACCACUUAUUCAUUUCCCUGUACCUCUGACCUUGCCAAGCAGUGGCAAGUGCCUCUGGCGGCCAUCAUCAAACCUUUUGCCACAGUGCCCAAAAAUGAAACUCCUCUAUACAUAGUAAAUCAUGGCGAGGCAGGACCCAUACGCUGUAACCGCUGUAAGGCCUACAUAUGCCCCUUUAUGCUCUUCAUUGACGGUGGAAGACGCUUCCAGUGUGGCUUCUGCAGCUGUAUUAAUGAGGUUCCUGUCCAGUAUUUCCAACACCUAGACCACAUGGGCCGAAGAAUGGAUGUAUAUGAAAGACCAGAGCUGUCCCUGGGCUCUUAUGAGUUUGCCGCUACGCUGGAUUACUGCAAAAACAAUAAGCCUCCCAAUCCUCCUGCUUAUAUCUUCAUGAUCGAGGUCUCAUACAACAACAUAAAGAGUGGACUUGUCAAAUUGAUAUGUGAGGAACUGAAAACGCUGCUGGAACGACUUCCAAAAGAGGAGGGAGCUGAAAGCUCAGCCAUUAGAGUGGGCUUUGUCACCUACAACAAGAUCCUGCACUUCUACAAUGUGAAUAGUGCACUAGCUCAACCCCAGAUGAUGGUGGUCUCUGAUGUGACAGAUAUGUUUUUGCCCCUUCUGGAUGGAUUCCUAGUGAGCUUUCAGGAAUCACGAGCUGUCAUCAACAAUCUGUUGAGCCAGAUUCCUGACAUGUUUGCUGACACAAAUGAAAGCGAAACUGUUUUUGCUCCAGUUAUUCAAGCCGGAGUGGAAGCACUGAAGGCUGCUGAAUGCAGUGGAAAGCUCUUCAUCUUCCACUCUUCCCUCCCAACUGCAGAGGCACCUGGGAAGCUGAAGAACAGGGAUGACAGGAAGCUGGUGAACACCGAGAAAGAAAAGACUCUGUUUCAGCCACAGCGUGGUGUGUAUGAGCAGCUGACUAAAGAGUGUGUGAGCCAGGGAUGCUGCGUUGACCUCUUCUUGUUCCCUAACCAGUAUGUGGAUUUGGCCACUAUGGGUGACAUUCCCACACACACUGGUGGCUCAGUUUACAAAUAUAGCAACUUUCAGGUUCAGAUAGACGGUCCGCAUUUCCUCAGCGAUCUGAGACGAGAUGUGGAGAAGUCCAUCGGAUUUGAUGCCAUAAUGCGUGUUCGAACCAACACAGGUUUCAGGGCCACAGACUUCUUUGGUGCCAUCUAUAUGAACACAACUACAGAUGUGGAGAUGGCUGCAGUGGACUGUGACAAAGCAGUUACAGUGGAGUUUAAGCACGAUGACGCACUCAGUGAGGAGGCUGGGGCACUUAUACAGUGUGCUGUGCUCUACACCUCCGUCGGUGGUCAGAGGCGGCUGCGCGUUCACAACCUCAGUCUGAACUGUAGCUCUCAGUUAUCUGAGCUUUACAAGAGCUGUGAGACUGAUGCACUCAUCAACUUCUUUGCCAAAUCAGCGUACCACGCUAUACUAAGCCAGCCUGUGCGGACAGUGAGGGAGAUCCUGGUGAGGCAGACAGCCCACAUGCUGGCCUGCUAUAGGAAGAACUGUGCUACACCUUCUGCUGCAAGUCAGCUGAUCCUGCCUGAUGCUAUGAAAGUGUUCCCAGUGUACAUGAACAGCCUGAUGAAGACUCCAGUUCUAGUGGGCAGCACUGAACUCUCUACAGAUGACCGGGCUUUCCAUAGACUCAGCGUCAUGUCCAUGGGAGUGGAGGAGAGCCAGGUCCUGCUUUACCCACAGCUCAUUCCAGUGCACUCCAUGGACGUGGCGAGUGAUUCGAUUCCAGCAGCAGUGCGCUGCUCUGAGGAGCGUUUGAGCGAGACCGGUGUGUUUUUGCUGGGGAAUGGCCAGUCUAUGUUCCUUUGGCUGGGCCAGGCCUGCUCUCCUGAUCUCAUCCAGAACCUCUUCAAUGUGCCCUCCAUGGCUCACCUCAGUUCAGAUACGACUACAUUGCCUGAAAUAGAUACCGCUCACUCUAGGAAGCUUCACUCCAUCAUUUGUGCCAUCUCCCAGCAGCAGUGCAAGUCCAUGAAGAUGGUGAUUGUGAAGCAGAAAGACAGAUCAGAGAUGCUGUUCCGCCAGCUCCUAGUGGAGGAUAAAGGCUUGAAUGGAGGAACUUCGUAUUUGGAAUUCUUGUGCUCUGUUCACCGUGAGAUUAGGCAGCUUCUGACCUAACAUACACACAGAACUCAUAUACCAUCACUAGCCCCUUUAUUAGGAACAUCUACUCAGUCAUGGAAUUAACCGAUCAUCUAGACAUGUGUCAGCAACACAAUGCAUAAAUUAAAAUCAAGACUGGUUUGAGCUGACAGGAAGGCUACAGUAAUUCAGAUAAAUACUUGUAAAACUGUAGUGAGCAGAAAAGUAUCUCAGAACAUACAACACACUCAACCUUGAGGAGGAUGGGCUACACCUACAGAUGAUCACAUCAGGUUCCCCUCCUGUCAACCAAGAACAGGAAUCUGAGGCAGCCAUGGGCACAAUCUCACUGAAACUGAACAUUUGAAGCUUGAUUAAUCUCAAUUUCUGCUCAGACAUGCAGAUGGUAGGGUCAGAAUUUGGCAUCAACAGUAUGAAUCCAGAGACCCAGCUUGCAUUGUGUCAACAGUGCAGGCUGGUGGAAGUGGUGUAAUGGUGUGGGGAAUGGUUUAUUGGCAAAUAUUGGGCCCCUAAAUAACAGUCAAGCAUCAUUUGAAUGCCAAGCCUCUGCUAUUGUUGCUGGCCAUGUACAUCCCUUUAUAGUCAGAAUUUACCCAUCUUAUAAAGGCUACUUCCAGCAUAAUAAUGCACCAUGUCACAAAGCACAAGUCAUCUCAAACUGGUUCCAUAAACAUGAACACAAGUUCAGUGUACUUCAAUGGCUUCACUGGAUCUGAAUCUAAUAGAGCUUCUUCUGAAUGUUGUGAUACGGGAGAUUCGCAGCAUGAAUGUGCAACUGACAAAUCAGCAGAAAUUUGUGUUACGCAAUCAUGUCGACAUGGACAAGACUCAAAGGAAUGUUUGAAACAAAAACUGGAAUCCAGGGCAAGAAGAAUGGAUAGUGUUCUAAGUGUAAGGCUUGGGGGUGGUUGGGGUUUAGUCAGGAUUAGUAUGGUGUUCCUAAUAAAGUGGUUGGUGAAUGUAUAGAGAGAAUGUGUGCAAGGCAGUACACACGAUGAACUCCUUACUAUUUCCAGCGCUGCCUUUGAAUGACUGUACAACUCCGUCAGGACUUCACAAGUGUUCUUAUUUUGUCAAUUUCACUCAAAAGUCUAGUUUGGGUUAAGCUUGGCUUGCUUGUAUGUAAUGGUGUGAAUUAAUGUCUUAUAAAAUAUGCAAUCUUUUUUUUUUUUUUUUUUUUUUAGAUAACAGAAAAAAGGAAAGGAUUCUCAAAUUACCCAUUAUUUGCCAAAUUGAAAAUUACAUCUCUGGAAAUUGUUUUAUUAAAAUGGUACCAAAGAAUGAGAAUCUUUUAGUACAGACAUAUUAAACAUAUUAGACUUUUUUGCUUAAAAUGCUUAAGAUGACAGGAAAUGCUGUCUAUUAAAUUCAUAGAUUAAAUCAGUGGAUACCAUUAGAAAUAUUAGAAGCAUUAGAAUGGACCAUAUUAACCGAAAUUAAGUAAACUACAGUUAUAUUAAGUAAUAUUUAUUCAUGAAAACUAUGAGAAAUUGUUAAUGUAUAACUCUGUGUAUUCCUGACUUGGUGGCAUUUUUGUCUUGAUCAUUAUAAUGCUAUUUGUGCUGUAAAUUUGUACACAGUGAAACAUUUAUUGAGAGUGUUUAGCAGUUUACGGCAUAAUAAUCCAAGAAGCAAAUCAUAUACAGUGAACGGCAUCUUUUGUAGAUGAGCUUUGGUCUUUCUAUGCUCAGAGAUCUGGCUUCAUGGCUAUCAAAUUAAUUAGAAAAAUUUAUCAUACUCAAUAUACCUUAAUCUUUUUUUAUUGGUACAUCACCAGAAGCAGUAUAUUUUAUUACUUCUGUGUUAUAUUUGAAAGAUUAUGACUUGUACGUAAACAUGCCUCAGGUAACCCAUGUAGAGCAUAGGUAGAGGUACAUGUAACUGCUUAUUGUAGCUUACAGUGUGGAAGUGUAAGUGACUUUUUUUAAAUUCUGAACUUUGGGCCCAUUUGCUGAGUUAAGGAUGCUUUGCCAUAUACAUUGCAGUUUAUAAACAUCCAUUAUUAAAAAAAAAUUGGAUUAAACUAG